AUAUGUUUUCUUGAUAUUAGUCAUAUUCAAUAGUUUGGGUUUCCUAUUUGUUUUCUGCAAUGUUCUAAAAUUCCGUUGAAAAGGUUGGUUCCGGAAUUUUCUAUGGCACCAUGGAAGGAAUGGUAAUUUCACAUCAAAUAAUAUUAUCCUGAAAAAGAUGAAUGAUAUGAUAGAUCAAGGAAACGUGGUCCAGAAGGAGAGGGAGCCCUGUUUUAGAGACGAGAACUUAUCUUCACAUGAUCUGAACGAGCUGAGAACCAACUCAAAACUGGACAACUUUGAUCAGAAAGUUGACGGCUACGACAGUGGUAUUGGAGCUUCACCACAAAACCCGCUGUCCCUGUCCAACCAACAGAGCCUGUCCCCGCCCCAGUCCCUGCCUCUAAACGUCAAUAUUAAACCGAAGACUAAGCGAAGGAAGCGCGGUGCUAGUGUUAAUGUUCUUGGCUUCGAGGAUCAGUUUGAGAGGACAGGUCGAAUUUUGGGCGAGGGUGCCUUCUCACAGGUGGAGGUAUGUCGAGAACGAAAAACCGGGAAGGAGUAUGCAGUCAAGGUGAUUCAGAAGGAGAAUUGGUACACCCGUGCUCGAGUAUUGCAGGAGGUGGAGAUUUUAUACAGAGGUAAAGGUCACCCGAACAUAAUCCAGCUGGAGCAAUAUUUCGAGGGAGAUAAUCAGUUCUUUUUAGUAUUUGAAAUGAUGCGUGGAGGAGCCCUGAUCAACCACAUAGAAUCACACAAAAUGUUUACUGAAAGAGAUGCUUCCAAGGUGGUACAAGGUGUCACGUCUGGGAUCAAACAUCUUCACGGCCAAGGUAUUGCUCACCGGGACUUGAAGUUCGAAAACAUUCUAUGUGGAGACAAUUUCACGGAUGUAAAGAUAUGUGAUUUUGAUCUUGGUGGACAGAAGCUCGACUACCCUUAUCUUUCCACUCCGCUCAUGGACUCACCUGUUGGGAGUGCAGAGUUUAUGGCUCCAGAGGUUGUAUCACUGUUUGAAGGAAACCGUACAUUCUACGAUAAGUCUUGUGACAUGUGGUCUCUUGGUGUGUUGAUCUACAUUAUGGUGUACGGGAAGCCUCCAUUCGUGGGUCGUUGUGGACUCAACUGUGGAUGGGACAUUGGCGAUGAGUGCAAAGAAUGCCAGGAUUCACUCUUUCGCAAUAUAAUGACUUCCACGUUAAACUUUGAUGAGAACGUACAAGUGAGUGGUGGUGUGAAGAAUCUGAUAUCCAGACUUCUGCAGAAAGACGCCACACAAAGAUUAACCGCCCCAGAAGUGCUUGACCACGAGUGGGUGAAGAGUGGAGGGUGCAGCAACAGACUCUUCACAGCACAGCAACUCAAACGAAACAAGAGCAGUGCAAUGAAUCUCGGAUUUUUCUCCUCCCAAGCAAAUGAACAUCUCCGCAGAAUAAACUCUAACCAUAGUCUAUCUUCCUCCCCUCAUUCACCUGUCGUUCCGUCCAGUCCUGAUGUUGAUCCGCUGGACAGGGCCCUUCAGAACAUUGAUCUGGAUAUGGGUGAGAGUUGGUACGAAGAAGAGUUGGACGAUGAAUUAUUCUCGGAUCGUAACAACACGGUAUCCGAACAGGAGUCGCCCGACUCCCCACCCUACUGCACCCCCAACGAACCCACUCCUCGUACCCCCACAGACUGGGGAGAAAACACCCCCGUGCAAACAAAAUUCAUGUUUUCCUCCUCACAAACUAAAAACUUCGAACCUUCAAGUAAACCGACUUUCUAUAUCUCCAGCGAAGAUGAAAGUGACGAUGAGAGCUGAGACAUUUGGACGUUUUAUUGUGAUUAUAAACAAUAAACUCAGCUUGAUUUUAGAAGUCUUGGUUGUGCUUGUAGUUGUGAUGACUUGGGAAGUGUUAGAGGGCUGACGAAAACAAACUCUUUAUAUUUAUUGCAAUUAGGAUAGGGUUUUUAAUGUCCGUUUCAACUUCAAGGACUAUUCACGGACAUGUUAUAUGUUUGAUUAGGGGAAAGAAGCUUUAGACGAUAUUAGGUGUUGUUCUCGGUAGAAAGGGGUGACCUCUUAUUCGCACCGAAUAGCUAUCUCAGCCAAAACAUAAUGAUGGAAUUGCGUUAAAUAUUAUUGCGAAAUUAAUAAUUGAUAAUAAACAAAAAAUAAUUAACAAUAAGGGGGCGUCCACAUACUACGUAACCAAUGAGGGGGAGUUAUAAAUGAUUACGCGUGUAAUUUCAACACAAUAGCUGUGUAAAGCUGAUUACGGAGGGGGGGGUGGGCGAGGUGGCUUAAAAUUAGCCAAAACGUUAUAACCAACUUGUGGACGACCCCUAAAGAUACUUAGAUGAGCGGUAUGGAUCAGUCCCAGUCUAGUAACGACAUCAAAGAUUGCGAUUAGCUGUAUAAACUAAAUCACGUGCUGUGACUAUGAGGCUAUAUGCUGAAAAAAUAUUUAUGUUUCUUUCGAGGUGUUUUAUUAUUUUAUUUCUCCAGUCUUAAGCCCGUCGGCAAUAUCACAUUUUUACUUUAAGUUUAUAUUAGCGUCAAAUAUGAUUAUGGUACCAACUUAAUAAUUGCCAUAAUAACAAUAAUUAACACUGGUAGUGUGUUUUGUGUGAGUCGCUUAAUUUACUUAUCAUUAUAAGUUCUCAACUCAGAUUUUAUUUAAAUUUGUUAUGUACUUCCAAUGUGGUUAUCCGUUUUAGGAGCAA